CAUAUCAAACUGUGAAGUUGUGCAGAUUUUCAUGCUUUUAUCACAAUUUGCGCAAGAUCGUCGUUUCAGAGGCCUUUGCCGGGAGCUCCUCUUUCGUUGUUGUCGUUGUUUCGUUUACUGAUAAACAUGGACGAGGAAACAACGAAGUUCAAAAGCUGUGAAAAUUUUAAUACAGGAAGAAAAGAAUCGAGCGCUGAUGAAGCAGAAGCAAAACAGACCAAAAAAGACACAAUUAAAAUAAUCGAUAUCGAUGCUGAGUUACCAACGUUGCAAGAAUAUGCUAAGCAAGAUGAAAAUAACGUUGAUGAACACCAGGAAAGCAGUGCAGUCUUUCAUCCUGGUUUUCCACGACCGGCAUGGGAAGAAAAUGGCCCAGUAACAAUUGAACGAAGGUCGAGGGAUGGUAGGAAGGAAGAGCCGCAUGAAGGCUAUUCUAAAAUUAAUGAUAAUGAACUUAUCAUGCAAAGUCAGGUCGAAAAUAGCAAGGAAAAAGAACAAAUCAUUGCCAAUGGUAACGAGGAGUUCACAAUAUGUAGGAAUUGUUUAUCUAAUAGGAGAAAUGAGUUUGCUAUUGACGACGAAUCCUCAAAAAACAUCGAUACUAGCAGUUUAAAUUCCAGCAAGGAAAUUUGCAUUUGCUCAAGCAGUUGGACUGAUGUCACCAUAAGGUGUCUAGAUGUGAAGGACAGGGAUCCAGCAAAUGAACCUGGAAUUUUUCAAGCACAGAAUACAAUAUCUAACGAGAGUUCGUGUUACAACAUAAGUGAUUUACCUGAUGAAAUUAUGUUGAGAAUAUUUUCCUAUUUUAGUCCUACAGAACUUUGUCGAUAUGUUGCUCCAGUCUGUGUCACCUGGCUUGCAUAUGCAAGAGACAGCACUUUAUGGGAGGUAAUAACUGAACAGGAAUUCAAAGAUGUCUCAAGUGAGCUACUAGUGAAAGUCAUUUUGUCCUGGUGCUCUCUUCUGAGAGUUUUAGACAUCAAAGGACGGACAGAUCUGAAGAAAGCAGAUUUUGAGGCAAUUUUCAAAAGUUGUCCACUGAUUGAGGUCAUCUCCUUUGCCUUUUGUAGCCAAAUUGAUGAUGAGAUAGUAAAGCUUAUGUCAACAUACUGUUGUAAUUUAAUGUUUGCAAACUUUGAAGGAUGCCAGAUUUCAGAUGCUUCAUUGAUGUAUUUAAUAGGAAAACCUAUCCAUGGCCUGAAUUUAUCCCACUGCAACUUGAUUAGUGAUGAUGGACUUAUUUUCAUUGCAAACAACUUUAAAAACAUCACUUCAAUCAAUGUUGAUGGCAUACAAUGGAUAUCACAAAAUUCUGUUGAGAUUCUAAUCAGGGAACAGCGCAACAACUUGACUGAAAUUCAACUUGAUGGUGACGAUUUGAUGGAUGAGUGUGUUAGUCUAUUGUCACAAUGCCAGAAUAUCAGGGUGCUAAGUAUAUCAUUUUGUGAUGCUCUUACUGAUGCAUCUCUGGACGGGAUCAAACACUUCAAAUAUCUUAAGCAUUUGCAACUGAAAAAAGGACUUAAUUUCAGCCGUGAGGCCAUGCUAGAGCUAAUAAAAAACUUAAGAUACCUGGAGAGUCCCGGUUUGGGAUUUCUUGGUCUUGCUGAAUGCUCUUCGCUGUCAGAUCAGUGCUUGAGGGCUAUAUCAGAAAGCUGUCCAAAUUUAUCUGUACUUAAUCUUUCUUGGUGUUGGGAAGUAACUGAUGAUGGAAUAAACUUCAUAAUGGAUUCCUGUCAUGAAGUUACAGAGCUGCAUCUGUGUGGGCUACAUGAACUUUAUGGAAUACCUUUUCGAAGAGUGCCACUUGAAAUGCCAAAGCUAAAAUUUCUCGAUCUGCGCCAGUGCAACAAGAUUUCAGACGAUCUCUUAGCUGACUUGGCAAAUGAGAUGAAAACAUUGACAAUAUUAAACUAUUACGGCGAUGUAGUGAAACCAAGUUUAAACUUCUGGAACCUUGAGUCCAAAUGUUCUCGAGGGCAUUUCCACCAUACAAGCUAUUAGCUCUUUUUGCAUCUCAUUUUGUGAAUUGUAGUACCAAGUAUUCUUAGGAUAUUUUUUCAUCUUUUAGAUUUGUGUACAAUUAGCAAACAAAUUUUACAUCCCAUUU